UCCUAUCGCCGCGACACACCACACUGUUCCUCUCGCUCGCUCGCUCGACGCCCGCCAUGCUUCCGCCUCUCGCCGCCGCGCCGCCGCCUGCGCAGCACGUCGCUCCCGCGUUCCCCAACCUCCCACGGAGCCGCCGCCGCCACCUCCUCGGCCUCCAGCUCCUUCUCCGCCGCCACCGCCCCGUCAGCGUCGGCCACCACCACCACCACCACCACCGCCGCCGCCGCCGCCUCCUCCUCGCCGGCGCGUACGCGCCCGGCGAUGGGGGCGCAGGACAGGAUGUUGAUAGUUCGGAGAGCACCUCUAGUACAGGAUCUGCAUAUAUUGGCCUCUUUGUUCGAAUGCUAGGCUUGGACAAUGAUCCUCGUGAUAGAGAGCACGCUGUUUACACAAUUUGGCAAUACUCCCUUGGCGGACGGAAGUGCAUUGAUGAGAUUAUGCAGUUCCAUGGCUGUGUCGCCCUCAUCGUCAGCCUCCUAAGAUCAGAUUCUGUCCGUGCCUGUGAAGCAGCUGCAGGUCUUUUGCGUAAUAUAACUUCAGUGAAGUUAUACAGGGAUGUGGCCAUCGAGAGUGGCGCCAUGGAGGAAAUUUUUAGCCUUCUCUGUAAAUCUACGAUAACCCCAGAGAUGUUGGAGCAGUCUUUGUGUACCAUUUGGAACUUUUCUAUUGAGGAAAAUUUGAGAUACAAGAUUUUGUCAAGUGGUAUGCUAACACGGAUGGUUAGAUUUCUAGAUGACGAAGACAUUAAAGUCAAAGAGGCUGCUGCAGGUAUCAUAUCAAAUUUAGCUUUAAGUCAUUCAAAUCAUGGAGCUUUGGUUGAAGCAGGUGUUAUUCCAAAAUUGGUUCAACUUUUGCAAAACAAAGAGGACGACUAUAAGAUUAUCAGAAAGGAAGCUAAAAGUUCACUCUUGGCACUAUCCACUGAUGAAUAUUAUCAUACUCUUAUAAUAGAGGAGGGUUUAGUCCGGGUUCCUCUAGUUGGCUCAGCUGUGUAUAAAGCAUUUAGACCUCUUCCACACUCAUGGCCCUCUUUCCCUGAUGGCUCUGAGAUCCAGCGGAGUUCUCGCCCUUCAAAAUAUGGUGCUACUGAGUUGCUUCUUGGCCUGAGUGUUGGCGAGAAGGAAACGGAGCCUGAUGAAGCAAAAGUUAAUGCUAUGAUAGGCCGUUCAAAUCAGCAGUUUCUUGCGCGCAUUAGUGCUAUUGAGUUGGAUGAUGAAGGAAAUGAACAAUCUGGUGGAUCUCAAAGGAAUGAUCUCUAUACCAUUUUACCAUGGGUAGAUGGAGUUGCACGAUUAGUUUUAAUCAUUGGUCUUGAAGAUGCUUCUGCAAUUGCAAAGGCUGCUAAAGCAAUUGGUGAUGCGUCGAAAAAUGAACAUAUGCGCUCCUCAUUCAAGGAAGCUGGAGCUGUCAAACCUCUACUUCAGUUACUGAAUCAUACUGAUGUGCCUGUUAGAAAAGCCGCUGUUUAUGCAUUGGAAAAACUAAGUGUCAGUUCCAUAGUCUGUGAGCAGAUCAAAACAGAUGGUGGUCUAAAACUGCUUGCAGACAUAGUGAAGGAUCCCAAUACCCCAGUUGAGCAACUGGAGAAGAUAAUCAUCAUGCUUUCUCGAAUAUUCAACACGGGUAUCAGCAUGGUAGCUGUGCCUGAUAGCUCAGCUAUUAAUGGGUCUGAGGAUACAAUGCAUUCUGAGAAGAGUAAUGGUAGCUGUGGUGAUAUUGAUGGUGGAACCAAUGGAACUUCCUUCGCAUAUUUGAAACAAGAGGAGACAUCUAGUGUGUCAAUCAUCGAUUUCGACGUCAUUUCACGCUUAACUAGAGUUCUGAGGGAAGCAUCUCCAAGUUUGCAAGAACAAGUCGCUUCUGUACUGGAGCAUUUAGCAGCUUUUGAUCAGCAUGCAACGGCGAUGACUGCUGCUCGCAUUGAGUCAGUGAUUGAAGCUGUUCUGGAAAUGGGAGUUAUUCAUGGUACCAUGGGCGAUCCUGAAAACUUUGAUGAGCUUCCUACUGUUGUGAUCGAGCAAGUUAGUCGGGCUGUUUCUGCCACUGUUAGGUUACUCACAAAAUUACUCGACUUUGAUAUUUUUGUUCGCAGCAUAAAUACCGAGAAAUGUAUUGCUCUGUUAAGAAAAAUGUUCAAGUCCAGUAUUCCUCUUCAGUCGAAGGACUGGCUUGCAGCAUGUCUCAUUAAGCUACAAUCAACGGCUGGCUUAUCAGGACAUGAGAGUGUCAGUAGUAUAGAUAUGGAGAUAACUAUCUACGAGACUAUUCCGAGGCUAGUUGACCAGAUGAUGACCUCAUUUUCUUUUGAAAAUAAAAGAAAUGCUGUAAUAGAGCUGAAUAAGAUAGUAUCAGGAGGUGUGAUGGAAUACACGAGAGCAAUUGCCACAGCUGGAGGAAUAUUUCCACUGGUGAAAAUGAUUGAAGAGGGUGAUGGUGAUGCAUUGGAAGCUAGCCUAGCUAUCUUGUAUAAUCUGAGCAUGGAUCCGGAGAAUCAUCCAGCAAUAAUUGCUGCUGGAGCAGUGCCGCUAUUGAAGCGGAUUGUUGUUGCUGAAAGUUCACACUGGAAUCGUGCUCUUGAGUUGCUGAGAACGUUGCCUGUAUGACAUCUCGAUGACAAAUGACCAAUUGUUCUCAGUACACCUUUUAAACUUCACCUUAUUGCACUGACAGUGUUGUAAUAGUAACCAAAUGGCCAACAAAAUAUCCCGAAUAUUGACAAUUUGCAGAUUGCACUUACGGUGGUACCAAGCUGGCUCAAAUAUGUCAUGUAGAUAGAUAAUUUUCAUGGCAAUGAAGAAGCAUUGGUGGAGCCUUCUAUGAAAUCAGGGGUGUUCCUGAUUUCCGGCAACUCGACAAUGAUUUCACCAUUUCAUGACCGACCACCAGUUUAUCAAGCAACCUGUGACCUGAGCAGGAUGAAUAACUUUUUUGUGCUGACAGGUAAAGGGACAAAAGUGUGCGCCAGACAUAGUAGCAGUUCUUGAUAGUACCAAGACACUGCAGAAAAUUCACAUUGUUGCGGAAAUCCACAAUGUGCUGACGCUGCUUCUGUAAAUGAUUCUAAAGAGUAGAAUUCUGGUGUUACUUCAUCAUCCUUGUCCUACUGCCACAGUUAAUUUUGCCCUUCUCCCAGUUAGAUUAUUGCAUUGGGGAGAGUAUUUCCCCAACAUGUAACUGAAGUAUUAUGAGCUUAGCAAAUGUAGUACUUGAAGUAAAAAAAAAAGCCUAACAAUCAGCUUGAAGCAAUGGGUGACUGUAGCUGCGAGUCUGGUUCGUCUGUCCCAUGGCGUUGAAGUUGAACCCAGAGGGACGCGUCGUAUAUGAUGCUAUUGGGUCAUCACGUGCAGCUCACGUAAUUUCUGGAAUUGUUUUUCCUUCACCUAUGUUGGCAUUCAUGAUGGAUGCUUGGUAACUGGGAGGAAAUAUGUAGUGGUAACUGUUGGAGUAAGUAUUGCAUUCAACGUUUCCUACUGUGUUCAGACCUA